UGUGACCAUUCACCCACAUACUCGACUCAACUUCUAUCUUUCGAUCCGCUAGUCCUAUACAUCGACAACUUCCUGGACGCAUCGGAAAUCACCUAUCUUCUUUCCCUUGGUCAACCACUGUUCACCCGCUCGAUGAUCACAGACCGCAAAAUAUCAUCCGGCCGCACCUCCGACUCAUGCUUCCUACCCGGUAACAACAGCAUGGUUGCACGCAUCAAACAGCGCGCAGCCCACUUCAUGGGCGGCCUGUCCUUCGAUGGCCUUGAGGCGGUGCAGCUAGUUCGGUACACCACUGGGCAGAAAGUCAAUUUGCAUUUCGAUUGGCAUCAGACACGCCCGUUGGACAGGCAGGGGAGGAGUUGCAACCGAUUGGCUAGUUUCUUCAUCUACUUGAGUGCCGAUUGCGUGAGUGGGGAGACGUGGUUUCCGAAUGUGACGGUGUCGAGAGAUCUUUUUGACCGGGAUGGAUGGGCAGAGGAACGCAUAAGGGUUUUGGAGGAGGGAAAGGGGAUUGCAUUUCUACCGAGGGCUGGGAGUGGUGUGUUCUGGAUGAAUCUGAGGAGUGACGGGACUGGGGAUCAGAGGUCCUUGCAUGCGGGUCUCCCCGUUGUAGAGGGCACUAAGGUCGGGAUGAAUAUCUGGGUGAAGAAA